CUUCUCAGGACCCUGCUCUUCCUCCAGAGAGAUGCCUAGGAGAAAAGGGAACAGCCAGUUUAUUCCUGAAAGCCAGACCGCAGGACCUGAUGACAUUUGAGGAUGUGGCUGUGGAAUUCACCUGGUGGGAGUGGGGGCAGUUGGACCCUACUCAGAAGGACCUGUAUCGGGAGGUGAUGCUGGAGAAUUUCAAGAACCUGGCCUCCCUGGGGUUUCCAGUGUCCAAACCAUAUAUGAUCUGCCAGUUGGAGGAAGGGGAAGAGCCCUGUAUUUUAGAAAGAGCAAUCUCAACAGGUGUCCACUCAGACUGGGAGAGGAGGCCUCAAGCCAAGGAACCUAUGCUAAGUCAGGGACUUUCCAAAGAAGAAUUAUUUCAGAGAGCAUCAGUGGAGAAAUACAUUAGCGAUGAACUCAGGACCUCCAGACUGAAAGCAACCUGUGGUCGGGAUGACCAGAUAGGGAUGCAUCCCAAAAAACAGGAGAGACAUCUGAAAGAAACGUCACUCACUCAAAAAUCUCCUCCCACCCUUAAGGGAGGUCAUAAAUGGAGUGAAUUUGGGACCAGUUCAGGUUUAAGAUCAGUCCCUAUUAACCAACACCAUGUUCCCACAGGAGAAGGAUACUAUAAUUGUGAUACAGAAUUCAGACAGACUUCAGGGAGCAGUAACUCUCGGAGAACCCAACCAGGGAAGAAAUCUUGCAAAUGCAGUGAAUGUGGGAAGGUGUUCCAUUUCCAGUCAGAACUUCAGCGCCAUCAGAGAUGUCACACUGGAGAAAAGCCCUAUGAGUGCAAUGAAUGUGGAAGAGCCUUUGGUCAUAUUUCAUCCCUUAUUAAACAUCAGAGAACUCAUACUGGAGAGAAGCCCUAUGAAUGCAGCGAAUGCGGAAGAGCCUUCAGCCAGAGUUCCUCUCUUGUUCUACAUUACAGAUUUCAUACAGGAGAGAAACCCUACAAAUGCAAUGAAUGUGGAAGGGCCUUUGGUCAUACUUCAUCUCUUAUUAAACAUCAGAGAACUCACACUGGAGAGAAGCCCUAUGAAUGCAGAGAAUGUGGGAGAACCUUCAGCCAGAGUUCCUCUCUCGUUGUACACUACAGAUUUCAUACAGGAGAGAAACCCUACAAAUGUAACAGGUGUGGGAGAGCCUUCAGCCAGAGUUCCUCUCUCACUCAGCAUUACAGACACCAUACUGGAGAGAAACCCUACAAAUGUAAUGAGUGUGGGAGAGCCUUUGCUCACACUGCCUCCCUUAUUAAACAUCAGAAAAGUCAUGCUGGGAAAAAAACCCUACGAAUUCAGCCAGUGCAGGAAGGCUUUCAGCUGGAAAACACACACCACUAAACCUCAGAGAAUGUACUGAAUUAUAUAUUAGAAAGCGAUCCUAGGAGUGCAAUGGAUGUGGGAAGACUUUUGGUCAGAGGACACAGGACACAUUUUGUUCAACAUCAGACAGGGCACACCAAACCGAAGCUCUAUUAAGAGUGGGUGGGCUUUCAUCAUACCUCCUCCCUUACCAAACACGAGAGAAUUCAAACCAGUAAGAAACUGUGAAUAUCAUGGGUUUGGAAAGGCUUUAGUUAGUGGGUCACACAUUCAACAUCAGAUAAUUUAUUAUUUUUAAGAUUUUUUUAUAUGAACCAUUUUUAAAGUCGUUAUUGAAUUUGUUACAAUAUUGUUUCUGUUUUAUGUUUUGGUUUUCUGGCCAUGAGGCAUGUGGGAUCUUAACUCCCUGACCAGGAAUUGAACCCACACCCCCUGCUUUGGAAGGUGAAGUCUUAACCACUAGACCACCAGGGAAGUCUCCAUACAUGGGAGAAUUUAUACUGGGGGGGAGCCUCAUCAGUGUAAUCAGUAUAGCACAGGCUUCAGUCACAUAGUGUUUCAAAAGCAAACGAAAAUCCCCGAAACAACGCCAGAUAACUCAUACAUAUUUUACAUUAGUAACAGGUUAAGUUUUCUUUCAAAGGGCAAAGUGAAGUGAAAGUUGCUCAGUCGUGUCUGACUCUUUGUGACCCCAUGGACUAUACAGUCCAUGGAAUUCUCCAGGCCAGAAUACUGGAGUGGGUAAGCCUUUCCCUUCUUCAGGGGAUGUUCCCAACCCAGGGAUUGAACCCAGGUCUCCUGCAUUGCAGGCGGAUUCUUUACCAGCUGAGCCACCAGGGAGGCCCCAUGUAUGUAUCUUUUUCCCCAACUGUCCUUCUCUAGCCCUCACUCGGGUCACUUUAUAUGCCUGGAUGCCCGCAACUUUGUAGCUGGUUUUUGCCUAACAUAGUCCCUUUGUCUUACGUAUCUCUGGCCAUGUUAAUCAUUCUCAUCAGUGGGCACCUAUCCUGCCACCCCGUCCUGCUCCCAAAGCCUCUGUUUUGCCUAUAGGAUAAAGGCUCACCUCUCAGUUUGACAUUCAAUGCCCUCUUCAGUCUGCCCUAACCUCCUGCUGUUCCUGACAAGAACCUCCAUUUCAGACAAACUAGCUUGCUUGCCAUACCUCAAACAUGUGUCCACACUUCCUAGCCUGGGCUGUUCUGCCUAAGCUGUUCCACCAGCCUGGAAUGCCCUCUCCACUGUCUAAAGCCUGGUGAUCAGUCAGAACCCUAUUCAAAUGUCCCUUCAUCUGGGAAGAAUUCUCUUGAAUACUGAUGGGAAGUCAGAUCUUAACUCAAUUGCAAUUGUAAAAGCAUCUGUUUUUCCGUAAGUAUUAUUUUUAAUUACUGACUUCUGAUUGUGCUGGAUC